AUGGAUCUGCGAACGUUUCCACUGGACAGCAUCAAGUGCACAUUGUUACUGGAAAGCUAUUCGUACAACUCAGCCGAGGUCUCACUUCGAUGGCUUGAAUGGUCUCCGGUGAGCACAGUGAAGGACGACUAUAAUUUGCCGGACUUCAAAAUGGCAAACAUGACUUAUGACGCGGUAACGGAGACGUACACGGCUGGUCUUUGGCAUCGCCUUGCCGUCACGAUUGAGUUUGAAAGGCUCUACGGGUUCUACAUUCUUCAGAUGUACUUGCCAACAUACGUCUCGGUGUUCAUUUCGUGGAUAGCCUUCUGGAUGGACACUCGCGCUCUGUCGGCCUAA